AUGUUGAUUCGAGACUUCAGGCGUGUCCUUCCCUUUGCUGUUCCCCUGGCCAUAUUCUUCAUCGUUGUGGGAGUUCACUUCUAUGACAAUCGACUUUCUUUCCGAUGGCCGUCAACGUCGUGGACCGGAGGUAAAGAACCCGGGCUCCAUCACGAUCACAGCCACGAAGAAGACGAUGCCACCUUCGCCAGCCAGCAUCACGAGAUAUUUUCCAAGUCAUCGCACGAUGGACGGUACUUCAUGGUCGAAUUCGGCUACGGACUCCACGCCAUCAACCCGAGCAUCAUCCCUCACCCCUUUCUGAACGACACCUGGAUUAUCGCUGCGCAGCUGCACCGGAAACAGGGUGCAACAAAGGACUUGGCACCAAACUCGGUCUGGAUUGCGGAAAUUGGAUGUAGCGCGGCAUUCAACGACGACCACACGGUCCUCUCCUGUAUCGCCCCGCCGCUGACGCUGCCCAUCGCGCACACGCUGGGCGAUCCAUCGAAAUGCACGGGCAACCUGGACUUCCUGGCGUUCAACAUCGGUCCGCAUGACGCGCGAGUCUUCUUCGGACCCGACUCGCCGUACAUUGUGUACGGGUCAAAUUCGCAGUUCACUUGCUUUGGACAGUGGAUGGCCGACUUCCGGCCGCUGGUCGACUGGGGCUCCGAGUUGUUCUCCCCCGACAAUUUCCGGGUCGCGACUGAAAUCCAACGUCCACCGCCAUACGGCCUGGUGGAGAAGAACUUCUUCAUAUUCUGGGACAAUAUGGGCCAGAAGUACGCGCACUACGACAUGGCACCGAAGCGAUCAUUUGCGAGACUGUCCAACGACGGGAGCGUGGGACCGGAUCUGGCGCCGCUGGCGACGCAAGACGAGGCCUGCAUGACACGGCUCAUGCCGCGGGCAGCGUCCGACCUGGAGUCGGUGCACCAGGCGACGAACUCGCUCUCGAUCACACUCUGCAAGCGGUCGGACCCAACAUGCAAAUCAACGGACGAGAACACGUUCAUCAUGACGGUGUUCCAGCACAAGAGCUUCUACGCAUUCCACGGGGUCUACGAGCCGUAUGUGAUGCUGUUCAAGCGCACGGCGCCGUUCGAGGUGCACGGCAUCUCGACCAAACCGCUCUGGAUCCACGGCCGCGGGCGCCCGGGACAGUGGAAGAAGAUUGACCCGCUGGGCGACCCGGACGGAACGAACAAGAACCACCAGCCGCAGCUCUGGAACCAGACAGAGAUGUUCUACGUGACGUCGAUAAGCUGGAAGACACACGGGCAGAAGUACCACGGGUUCCUGGACGACGUGAUGUUCCUGGGAUUUGGCAUUGAAGAUGCGCGCACGGCGGGGGUGGAUGUUCUUGCAGGGGAUAUACUGGAGGGAAUGGGCUACUGCGACAGUUUCUAG